AUGGCUGCCUUGAAGAUAGAGAGGGAAGAAUGCCCCCAUCAUGGUGAACCCGUGAACGAAGAAGAGAAGAACUACCUUCUCAUCGCUACUUUGAUCAGCACAAGUCUUGUAUUUGCUUGCUACAUCGUUCUCAUGGUGAAGGAUCUUCCAUUCAACCAUUACUCAUGGCUUACAACUCAUAACUCAUUUGCAUGGAGGGGAAUGAAUUCAAGCAUCGGUUUUCCAAUUUUGGCCAUCAUGAACCAAGAAGAUUCCAUUACAGACCAACUCAAGAAUGGUGUAAGAGGAUUGAUGUUGGACAUGAGUGAUUAUAAAGAUGACGUUUGGCUAUGUCAAGGGAUGUGCUCUAGAUAUACAGCUUUUCAACCUGCCAUUCAUGUUCUAAAAGAGAUCAGGGCAUUCCUCGUAACACACCCAACACAAAUCAUCACCAUUUUCAUUGAGGAUCAUGUAACAUCGCCAAAUGGUGUGAAUAAAGUUUUUAAUGCAGCUGGGCUGAGGAAAUUUUGGUUUCCAGUGUCGAAAAUGCCCAAAAACGGUGGUGAUUGGCCAACAGUCAUAGAAAUGAUACGCAGGAAUCAUCGGUUAAUUGUGUUCACUUCAAAUGCAACUAAGGAGGAUUACCAAAGAAUUGCGUUUGUGUGGAAUUAUGUUGUCGAAAAUCAUUAUGGACAUGAUGGCAUGAAAGGAGGUUCUUGUUCAAAUCGAGCUGAAUCACUUCCAAUGAACACAACAACAAAGUCAUUGGUCUUAAUGAACUACUUUCGAAAUGUCAAAAAUUCUGAGGAAGCAUGUAGGGAUAACUCUUCUCCUUUGAUGACCAUGAUGAAUAUGUGCUUCACUGCUGCAGGUAAUCGAUGGCCUAAUUAUGUUGCUGUUGACUUUUACAAGAGAAGUGACGGUGGUGGAGCUCCUCAAGCAUUAGACGUGGCAAAUGAAAACUUGCUUCAGACAUAAACAAGCUCAUUGCAAUCAUCGUGGCAGGUAUAGGGAUACAACCAAUGAAUUGACUUAAGUUAUUUUUUUAUACAUGUGAUGAAG